AGUAUAUUUAGUGUCAUGGCGGCGCCCAGUGAUAAUGUUUUCGACUGCGUUUCGUCACGUUAACAAACUGACGUUGUUAUCAUAGCCAUCGGCACAAAGGAAAGGAAAAUGGCUAAUAAGGUGAAAGUGUCACUGACACACGGCAAGGCGCUUGUCUGGAAUGCAGAAGAUGUCCGCAUUUUGCGUGAAGAUUACCGCAUUGUAGGAACAUUGGUUGGAUGUCUUCCUCGUGCCCCUCGUCAGAAUGUCCACCUGGGACUACCUGUGCAGCUGAUGCCUGAAGAAACUCAACUGCUUAUCAGUAAAGGUGUUGUAGAGUUAGUUGAUGGUGGAAGUCUCCCAGAGCCAGACGAGAAGAAAGCUGAAGCAUUCAGAAAUAUGAGAAAUGAAAACUAUGAGGGACAGAUUGAAUCCUUCAGACAAGAUCGAAAACGAGAAAUUUAUCGCCACAUGAGUAAAAUAAGAGAAGGAAAGAAAGCAAAGAAGCAAAAGCUAUUGGAGGAGAAGAGAAAAGCAGGGGAGGAAAUAGCAGAGGAUGAAGAAACAGAGGAAGAGUUUGAUGUGGAGCAAAUCCCAAUUCCUGCCAUUGCUGAGGACAACUCCAUGAUUCAGACCUUCACUCAAAGUCCAUGGCAAGAUGAGCUCCAACCAGUGACAAAUGAGUGGAAGUACCCCCAGUCAGAGCAUGAACGCCUCCGGUGUCAGGUGUUCUCAUACCUGUGGGGCAGAGGCUACUAUAUGACAGGUGGAGGGAAGUUUGGGGGAGACUUCCUUGUCUACCCAGGUGACCCAUCACGCUUCCAUUCAUUCUACAUUGCUAUCUGCAAACCCCACCAAGAGAAGCUGACUGCUUUGGAUAUCAUAUCCAUGGGUCGACUGGGAUCUAACGUCAAGAAGACUGUUCUCCUUUGCUCUGUAGACAGUGAGGGUAAAGUUGUAUGUACAUCACUACAGUGGACCGGUAUCAGCUGAUUGCUGAUACCGGUCAGUGGGAUGAAGAUGUGUUCAGUGGUCAGUCCUGGAGAAGGUGAUGAUUUCCUGAACUUGGGAAUCUUUGAGUCACAAUAGCAGAACAUGUGUUACAAUAUGUCAGUAGAUUGGAUCCAGUAUGAUGACUAUCCUAGAUUUCUGCACAAUUCAUGAGCGCACCGAGACUUCAAUAAGAUUCAUACUGGAAUAAUCAAUCAAUUCCCAUACUAGCCAAUAUUUUAAAUAAGUGAAACAACUGACAUCCAAGUGUGCUUAUAUUGAACUUAUUUACUUGGCGGGAUAUUCACGUGUUACAAGUAGCUGCAAGAUUGUUGAAGUGUUUUGCAGACAUUACUCACGAAGGGAUGUUUAUGAUGAGUUCUGACUGUAGCUACCUAAACUGCCUGGUUCACUUUAACCAGACUAGUACACUUGCUUAUAAUUCACCCGAUUUCCCCAGAGUUAUAAAAAUAAUAAGACUAAUAUUUUGUGGUGAAUAAAAUACUCUAUAUUCUUUCCA